GAAAAUUUGGAGUGAAGAACUCUGGGAGCAUUUAAAAGCUCAUCUUUUUCACAACAUGGAAUCCAUCAGUGAAAUCAUCCCAUUCAUCCUGGAGCUUUUGAACCAGUCACCCAGUCGUGGCCUGCUGAAGAUCUACACUAUUGGUACCACUCUCGCCAUACUAGGAAUUUGCCGUGGACUUUUGGAAGCAGUUUGCAUGCCGUGUGAGGAGCCGAAUAUUAAUGAGGACAGAGAACUGGAGAAGAUGAUGAUGCUUAAAUCACGCACUGUCAUAGUUUGCCCAGAUGCUGUGGAUGAGGUGGAAGUCAAAGACAAACAUGUGUUUGCUGCAAGUUUGUGCAGGAGCUCAACCAACCGUUUGCAUGCCUCUUAAAGAGAAUCUCUUCAUUGAAGGAAAAAGGAGUGUGCAACUCACUGCAUAUAUUGAUAAUAGCAUUGAUGAAUUACAUCACAAUGCUCUGACUCUGUAUUUCAUGUUUAACCAGACAUUCAGGCUUUUGCAAGAAAGGAGAUACAUUGAAGGCUGCGGGCAACAGCGACGUUUGGCUGCUGGGCAGCAGAUACUGUGAUAAAUGUUUUUGUUAAAUGUACAGAUGUGAUAUUUUAUUUUACACUUUAAUAAACGUGUUUUUCCACCUA